GAUAAGGAGAAAAUCUUUGAAGAAGAGUUGACCAGAAGGUUACAGCCGUUCGUUGAUGAAACGGAGAAACUCAUAGCCGAUCUCAGGAAGAAGUUGGCCAAGGAUAUCGAAAUGGAGUGGAUCAGUGAAGGUGCUAAUGAUGUUCUGAAAGCCCUUAAUGAUUCAAGCUGUUUCGGUGAGCCCACCCCAGGUCACAAGAAGAAGGUAUCCUUUAGCGACGAAGAACAUAAUGACGAUAGUCUUAUAAAGAUCGAUCCAUCUACCAUUGAAGAUGAACUGCCACCUUGGGACUACUUACCACCUCUUCCUGGCACCCCGAACAAUACUUUUGAAUUGCCUGCAAUAAGCACAACAGAACUCACCGCUUCACUCCAGCGAGGUAGACCGACAACAGCACGGCCAGGACAACGCCAACUGCCAGCGAAAGCUAAUGCCGCUCCUUCCUGUGCCAUUCUGAUGAAAGCUUCCGGGACAACAUCACCUUUGGACUGCUCACCAUCUCCCCCUGGCACCCUGGACAAUAGUAGUGAACUGCCUGCAAUAAACAAGAGCCAACUGACUGCUACCCCCCAGCGAGCUAGACCAACAACAGCACGGCCAUCACAGCCCCAAAGGCCAGCGAAAGCUAAUGCCGCUACCUCCUGUGGCGUUCUGGUGAAAGCUUCCAGGACAACAUCACCUUUGGACUGCUCACCAUCUCCCCCUGGCACACCGGAUACAAGUUGUGAACUGCCUGCAAUAAAGAAGAGCCAACUGACUGCUGCCCAUCAGCGAGGUAGACCAACAAUAGCACGGCCAGUACAACGCCCAAGGCCAGCGAAAGUCAAUGCCGCUCCCUCCUGUGCCAUUCUGGUGAAAGCUUCCGGGACAACAUCACCUUUGAACUGCUCACCAUCUCCCCCUGGCACCCUGGACAAUAGUAGUGAACUGCCUGCAAUAAACAAGAGCCAACUGACUGCUGCCCGCCAGCGAGCUAGACCAACAACAGCACGUCCAGUACAACGCCCAAGGCCAGCGAAAACUAAUAUCGCUCCCUCCUGUGGCAUCGAAGAAAAACGCCCAAUGUGCAACUGCACGCCAUCGCCUCCUGGUUCCAUGGGACUUCCUUUGAUAGACAACGACCAGUUUACUGCAACCAUCUCGCGUAAAGAGCCCAAGCCGACAACAUCACGCCCAACACAGCGCCGUAGAUCAGGCCAAGCCAAUAUCGCCAUUCAACAGAAACGCCCAAUGUGCACACCAUCGCCUCCUGGCUCAUGUGAACCCCCUCCAAUAAGCCAAUCAAAUGCAGUCAUCCCGCCAAAUGUGCCGAAACAUCGCUACAUGCAAGAGUCGCGACCAUCUAGGCGUACAUGCGGACCAACCCCGGCUCCACCUGCUACCAGAAAGCCCUCUACUCAAAUGCAAGGAUCCACGGCAAUACACAAACGCAAAUUUAAGGAAAAGGCCAACCAACAAAGCCUUGCUCAAAAAUUGGAGGACAAAAUGAAAAGGGCCGAAGAAAAUCAUAGACGGGAGAUUGAAAAGAAAAGAGGAAGAGCGCAACACUCUCUGGAUUGGUGGGAGACUGGUCUAGCUAAAAACUUAGAGCUUCACCAGAAUGACCUGGAUGAUACCUAUGUCAGGGCACGUGCCAAAGCUAAUGAAGCGGCAAAAAGAAUUGCAUAG